AUGAAUACAAUCCGUUCUACUUGGCUUGGCUGGGGCACCCUUUGUGUCGCUGGCGGCGGUGCCUACUACUUCGCCAAACAGUCCGUCAAUGCCGAUCGGCAAGCUCGGUUUGAAGCCGAUAUGAAGCGCAAGGCGCAACUGAAAGCGAUGGAAAACGAUCACAAGCGGCAGGCCGCCAUGACUGCACCCGCACCGGAUCCGACCGACGACGCCAGCUUGAAACGAGCCAAUAUGACACGAUUCCAAAACGCGGCGGACGAUGUCGCCUCGCCGAGUGCCGAAGCUUCGCACGACCCGGCACCGACCCGCCAUGAACCUAUGACGGAGAACGAUCGAGUGCUGGAAAAGGGAAAAUAUGAGGCGGCCCAGCCGUACCGUCCUCCUAGCGGGAACCGGUUCAGUUGA